AUGAAGCACACAAUUAUCUUGAUCAUUUUUGCAACUUUGUGGACUUGCCAUGAUGCAAUAGACACACUGAAACCAGGGGACACUCUCAAUUCCACAAGUUCCUUGGUAUCAGCAUUAGGCAAGUUCACUUUGAAAUUCAUUACAAAACCUGUCGGCAAUUCUGAAAUGAGCUUUCUUGCUAUCCUGCGCAUCAAAACUGAAGCAAACAAAGCAUGGAUUGCGAACCCACACUCACCUGUUUUACCCUCUUCAUCUCCAAUUCUUACCUUGGACUUCAAUAACACAUUGAAAAUUACUCACCAAAAUGGACAGCCUUUUAUCCUUUCUGCUCCAAACACUACUAGUAGUACUAGUGUUGUGGCUACCCUUUUGGAUUCGGGCAACUUCGUCCUGCAAGAAGUGAGCUCUGUCAAUAGAUCAACGAUCCGGGUGUUUUGGCAAAGUUUUGAUCAUCCACUAGACACAUUUUUACCAGGCAUGAAAUUGGGUGUUGACCAUAUAAAUGGCCACAUUUGGUCUCUUUUAUCGCGUGGAUCUGACAACAACUCGCUGUCCCCAGGGCCUUUCAGCCUUGAUUGGGACCCAAAUGGACACCAAUUGAAAAUCAAGAAAGAUGGGGUGGUUUAUUGGACUAGCGGGGCCUUUUCUGAUGGGAGAUUUGAAUUUAUUUUGCCUGACGUGUCCAACAAGAGGUACAAUUUUAGCAUUGUUUCAAAUCAAAAUGAAGACUACCUUACUUACACUAGUAAAAAUGAUCCAAGUGAUGCUGAGCCAGAAUGGGUUCUAAACCCCGUAGGGGAUCUUACAGACUAUGGGGCAUACGCUGAUUAUGAUAUUAAAGAAGUACUGUACUGUGAUGGCUAUAACAUUGUUGGAGGGUGUGUGAAAAGGGACCGCCCAAGUGAUUGUGUUGAGAAAUUUGGUGAUGACUUUGAGAUCAAAAAAGGUUACUUCAAGAUCAUCAACUCUAGUAGUAUAAAUGCUUCAAGACCUGCCAGCUGGAUUGGUACCGAUACUAUUAUUGACUGUAAGGCCACUUGUUGGAAAGAUUGUGACUGCCUUGGAUUCGACAUAUCAUUUCAAAAUCAGACUACGGAUGCACGAUGCGAAUUUUGGAGUGUGGACUGUGAGUUCAUUGAAGACCUCACUGCCAAUACAAGUUUUGUUUUGCAGCCAAAAUCAUCACCACAUUCACCAUCUCAGAAAAAGAUUG